UUUCUGCGCGAGUGUUCCGAUCAUUAACAGAUAAACACUAGGGCUGGGUGGUGGAACGCCUUUUCAGUCUUGCUGAUUGUACAGCGUCACCAUUCUCGCAUUGGAUACAAAUUGUAUGCAGUGUUUUUAGGUGGAAAAGAAGACCGAAAAACAGGUCAUACAAAAAUGACCGGACUCACAGUUGUUCGGGGGAUAUGCACGUCGACGGCUCGUCUUGGCAGAAAGAAUUUUCGCAAAUUCUGGAUACCAAACUCGAAACGCGGUUUGAUCCAUGAUCGAGAGAACCCAGAUCUUGAAGAUGAAUCAUACGGUCAGCGAAUGCCCUUUCUUUACGGGACAAAACAGAUCGAACCGGAGUUAAUCCCUGAGAUUAUCGUUCCGAACCUUGACGGUUUCAAACUUAAGCCCUACGUAUCGUACAACGUUCCCGAUGUCGUGCAAAGUGCGUUUACCGCCGAGGACCUGUUUGAGGCUAUCUAUACAGAAAAAAUCGAGAUUGAUUAUCUCAAUGGGAAAUUAGAUGCUGAUGGCAAUUCCCUGGAGCCGUCCGAAGAGGAAAAGCAAACCCGUGAAGAAGCUUGGGCGAAGGCCAAAAAAACCGGGUCAGACCUUUUUGGUUGACGUGCGAAUUUAUUUAUUAAACAGAAAAAUGUUGAUUUAUAGACAAGUUGCAAUGUAUUUUUUGACGAUUAUUAAUAAA